GCGUGGAGUGAAACUUUUGAGCCGGCAGCUUUUUAAUUCUGUGAACUUAAAGUGUUUUGAAUGCUUACAUAUUAUAAUUCGGAACAAAAUGAAUUAUAAUUUAUAAAGAAAUAGGUUUUUUGUGAUAAAAACGUAUUUUGUGUCGAAUACAUAAGUGUUUCAUUAAAAACAGUAUUAUAGAAGCUAAGAAAAGACAAUAAAGCAAGAGCUUUAUCUCAUUACAACUAAUUCAUACAAAGGAUAUGGUUUCAAAAACAUUACAAAACAAAGAAUAAUUAAAGGCAGCUGAAGCGGAAUAAAGAAACUGGUUAGCCGAAAGCGGCGAUUGUGAUAUGGGGGAACGGGGCGCAACGGGGGGCGCUUGGGGUGCGCGCGACGAUGCCUCGUGGUGGCCGGGUGGCUCUGGCGAAUUACAGCACCAACAACAAUUAACUGAAGAGAUUGCUAGAAGUACUGCUACUGUAACCCAUCAAUUAUAUUCUUACAAAAUGACUGGCGGUUUUACAAACACUGGUUGCGAUAGUACUUCGUCUCCAGGUUUUGAUUAUCGUUUAAUGACUACUACAAAUAACAGGGAAGAAUCUCCCCAACAACCUUGGUGGUACGCUUCAGGAUCUGUAGAGCAACAGACUUCGUCGCCAACGGGACAAAAUCAAUCGAGUCCUGAUUCUGAUCAAAGCAACCAUCAAGCCAACGGUAUCCAACAGAACCAUCAAACUUUACAACAGCAAGCUCAAGAGCAACAUCAAAUCCAACAAAAUCAAUUACAACAACAACUGCAACAGCAACAGCAGCAGCAGCAGCAGCAGCAGCAACAGCAAAGCUUGCAGCAGGCUUUGCAGCAGCAAAAUCAAAAUUUGCAACAGACCCUACAACAGCAACAGAAUCAACAGCAAACUCUACAACAGAUGCUACAGCAACAACAACAACAGCAGCAACAGCAACAGCAGGUUGACCAGCAGAACAGCCAGCAAAGUUUGCAAUUACAAGUGAGUCAAGCACAGGCUCAGGCAAUAGUUCAAGCACAAGCAGCCUUGCAGCAGCAAGUAGCUCAAUCAUUGCAACAGCAGCAGCAAAGUCUACAGGAACAAAUACAAGUGGCUCAGCAACAACAAAUUCAAGCUGCACUUCAAAGGCAAUCUGCUACCUUGCAGGAAUUACAGCAACAAGCGCAACAGCAAGCUCUAUUAGCUCAAGCGACCAACAAGGGCAGGAUGCCUCGUGCGAGAGCGAACAACAAGCCGCGCGGCAGGAUGACUGCCUAUGCCUUCUUCGUACAAACCUGCCGGGAAGAGCAUAAGAAGAAGCAUCCCGAAGAAAACGUUAUUUUCGCAGCAUUUUCCAAGAAAUGUGCUGAAAGGUGGAAUACAAUGUCAGAGAAGGAAAAGCAGAGGUUCCAUGAGAUGGCGGAACAGGACAAGAAGCGGUACGACUUGCAGAUGCAGAACUACGUCCCGCCCAAGGACGUGAAGGUGCGCGGGCGCAAGCGUGCGCAGGUCAAGGACCCCAACGCCCCUAAACGAUCGCUGUCAGCGUUCUUCUGGUUCUGUAACCAUGAACGUUCAAAGGUGAAAGCCAUCAAUCCGGAGUACACGAUGGGAGACAUCGCCAAGGAGCUCGGCAAGCGCUGGGCGGCCGCCGACCCCGACACCAAGUCCAAGUACGAGGCGCUCAGCGAGCAGGACAAGGCGAGGUACGACAGGGAGAUGACAGCAUACAAAAAAGGACCGCUGGCAUUAGUUCAGCAACAGCAGCAGCAGCCCGAACCGGAGGAGGAAGUCGGUGACUUUGAAGCCGAUGAUGAGUACAAAUAAAUAAGAUAUUGUUGUUGUAUGUAAAACACCCUGUUAUAUUUAGAAAUCAUGUGACAGGACCAAGCGAAAGUCUGCUGGACUAAAUAUAUAAAGCGGAGUUUAUGUUAAGUUGUCCUCUUGUUAUAUUUCUGGUAUCACUACUACUGUAAGUUUGUCUGUCAUAUAUGAUUACGGGACAGGUUUCAUCACAGAUAAAAUUACAUUAGCUUUUUUUUUUUUUUUGAAAUACGGGUCCACCUGUUUUAAUUUUAGAACUGACGAAAUUCCUAAUUUAAAAUAAUAAAUUAACUGAUAAAUUGUUUUAGAUUUAUAUUUUAAGGGCGAUAGCAGGUGAUGCCCAAGUAUUAUUAUAUCUUUUUUUUUUUUUUUUAAAUAUUGUAACCUCUAACGUUUUAUUGGUUUUGAGUUUGAAUGAAAGAACUCGAAUAAUAAUUACAGAUCUGAUUUCUUUAAAAUGUAAAGAUUUUUUGUUGGAAUAGUUGUACUCUGUCGGAAAUUAUAUGGUUGUGCCGAAUUUUAAACGGAUAAUUUCUAUGUUUUGUUUAUUAUUACGUCACAAUUAGGAUUUUAUAGUGGCUGUAUGAUAUCACACUUCUUAAUUUCGAAGAGUGGCUUUAUAAGUCUAAUAAAAAUGUAUUUUUCUAUUAAUAUGCUGUUAUUAUUAAAUGUAUUUUUUAUAAUUUUCUAAUAUCAAAUUUUCAUUAUAAAUCUAUAAAGCUAGUGGUAAGCUAGCCCUGGGUUAUAGUUUUGGCCCUUGACGAGGUUAUUAUUAUUAGAGUACAAUAGUUGACACAUUACAAUGCAUGCUCAUCAUUAGCUAUCUAUUAGUGUUUUUUCAUAUGAAAUUCACAUCUUACCAAUCAAUUAAAAUGCUUAAUUAAAGUAUAGAUAUUUUGCUGUCGAAUACAUAACAUUCGUUUUUUUUUAUGGACACAAUACGACCAUUUUUUUGUUAAUAAACAUAAAGUUCUUAUAAAAUAAAUAAUAAUUAUUAAAAAAAUGUAAGUACCAAGUGUGAUAUGAUAUAGAAACUUAAAAUUUAUGAUUUCAUUCUAUGAUUUUCUUUUGAAAUAUCCAAUAACAUUUUAAAAGUUGAUAUAACCUUGAAGUAUUGUGGUGUUACCAUCCUUUAAGUGUAAUAAAGUGAUGUUGCCUUAUAUUUUCGUCGUGGCAAUACAUAGUUUUAGUCCGAUCAAAGUGUUAGUCAUUUGAGGUUAUUUAAGUAAAUUAUAAGCAAUUCUCAAGUGAAAAAAAAAACAAUAUUACGUAAGGAAAGCACGAGUGAACAGUAAUUUGUAACAUGUAUCUUUAAAUUGUAAAUAGUUAAUUUGUUAGUUACAUAGGAAAAUUACAUUUCUUUAUAUUUUUAGAUUGUUAUGGUUAAAAUUUUUAAUUUGUUUGAAUAAAAAAAAAAAGUAUAAAUAUCACAUAUAGGAGAUUUAUAAAGCGAUGUUUAUUUUUUAACGAAAUUCAUUUAAUGUAUUGAUAAUGAUGUUUGUGUUAUAUGAAAUAAAAAAAAAAAAUUAUAAAAUUAAAUAAACAAGUGUACAUAAAGAACUGCAAGAACGUGAUAGUACUUAAAUUUUAAGCGUAACUGAUUAAAUUAAUGUAUAUAUAGCUGUAAACGUACCUCAGGACACGUCUUACCAUAUUAUUAAUUUGAUUGUUAUUUAUUUGUCGCAUCUGCGUUACCAUAGAGGCGGUAGGGUAGGGCACGAAAUUACA